AUGUUGGGUUUAGGAUAUUUAGUCUUAGUCUUAUGUACGGUUUGGAUAGCCGUGGAAGGAGAGUAUGUGGAUCGGAGUCUGUCAUGGGAAGUGGAUGAGAAUAUAUGCAUGUCAAUGGAAGAUUGUUAUGCGCCGUUGCAACAGCUGAUGUCGGAGACGUGUGGCAAAGUGCCUGGGCCGAUGUUGGCACCCAAGAAGGACGGUUGGGCCAGCGGAUGGCAAAAGAUGGCAACGGGACUGAGUAUGAUGGGACGCAAUGCAGGUCGGGAGAUGUACAGAAUAUAUCAUGAAAAGCUGUACAAAGAACAUUGGAGCGUUAUGGCAAGCUACUGUAUCGUUGAAUAUCCAUUUAUCGUCCUGGCCGUAGCGCUGCUUUUGGUCUGGAUUAUAAUGCCAUUUGUUUUCUGCUCCAAAUGCUUCAAAUGCUGCAAGCUUUCAUCAUGUUGUUGCAGUAACAAGAAACGAAAGAAUAUCAACAACAGCAAUUCCCUUUUGUCGCUUGCCCUACUGGUGUUGGGUGGAAUGUUCUGCCUGUGGGUCAUGAUACUGGGGUGGGUCUACAUCCCCAAAAUGUCAAAGGAUUAUGAUAAGUCAACCUGUGGUUACUACAAUGCGUAUGACAAGUUGCUGUAUUCCGGUUCUGAGCAACCUGACGGUUCUCGGUGGCCGGCUGGUGCGAAUUUGGUCGCGAGGUUGGAGGCGACGAGUCAGUACAUGUCGGAGCAGGCGGGUGAGAUGGACAUGAGUCCGCCGAAUGCUGCGACUAUGACCCAGAGUCGGUUUAAUCGAUUGUUCCCGGACAUGUUGUUUACUCAAGGCAUCCUUAGUUCCAGUUUAUUCACAGGUUGGGGUGAGAAGACGGGAGAGUUUACCUUAGAUUUGGGUUUGGCAAUCUUGGAUGAGAAGUCAGCUUUAUUGAAGAAUUUCCAGUCUGCUUAUGGCGUGGUUACGGAGGCCAUGAAUGCUGCAAUAUCUGCGGAGAAUUUGGACCAAUUGGAGUUGGUUGAUUUCGCUGAGAACAUGAAAGAGCUUCGUUCGCCCAUUGAUUCGAGUGUUGACGAAAUUAAAGGGGAACUUGAUGUGGCAGCUUCGAACUUGGUUGAUAUCACGGGAACUAAGGACUGGUUCCACGUUAACUUCCAGGGUGCUGCCGGUCUGUGGGGAGUGUUCACCCUUUUGUUGUUGUUGACGACACCAUUUAUGAUAGGUCGAGCGAAGAAGACUUGGAGAAUGAAGAUUCACGACUUUCGGGUGGCAAAGGUUAGUGCUGGAAUUCUGAGCUGGAUCUGGGCGCUCUUUGCCCUCGUAUUCUGCGUCGCAGGUCUAGUAUUCGUAUCCGGCGGAGCAGCAACUAGUGGAGUGUGCGAUGCGUUACAGCAAAUCCGGGAUGGCGAUUUGCGUGUCAUGGAAGAUGUCCAACUGUGGAAUAUAGCGGUCGAAAGUUGUCUGGUCAAGAACGCGGACGGGUCACUAGUAGUACCCACUCUGACGUACUAUGGCGCCGAUCUUGGGUUGAUUGACAAUGUAGAAUUGCCCGCGCAGAUCUCAAAAGUAUUCGAACAGUUGCCGGAACGACAACUUACUCCUAUGUUCAAUGACGAUGAUCCCGCUAGCGGCUGGGGCGAAUGGAAGACGGGCGCAGAACGGACCAUGGUGCUUCCCAAUGCAGGGACGCAGCUGGAACAGCUGAAGGCGGUCAUUGGUCCGGAACUCGCCGUCGCUUCCUAUAACAGCUUCGACUGUGACGGAGAGCCAGUAUGUGACAUUGCUUCCACACGUGCCGGGGUGAAACUAAACAGGAUUGCAGGUCUGAUAGACAUUGAAGUCGCCCUCCAAGGCCUUCUAGCGGCUGACGCACCCUCCGUUUGCUUCGCUGGAAGCCCUAGAUGCUCCCCUGCGACCAAAGUCGUGCUGUCAAUGAUCAACACAGAAGGAGUACUACCCAGCACAAACACAUUGGAGGACUGCAGAACGGAAACCACAAUGAUGUUGGAGUCCUCACUGCAAACUUCAGACGAUGCUGACCAGCGAUUGAAGCUUUAUUCGCUCAUUUGGCAAGGUGUCCGACUGGCAGCUCUUGAACUCCCCUUGCAACGCGCACCUAAGUUCGUGCCCGAAACGCUGACCACGGCUGCAGACGCGGCUUAUGUACAGAGUUACUCGGAUUUCUGCAGUCCCACAUAUCCAUGUAAUCUGUUCGUCGGCAAAAAGACCGGCGAUGAUCUUGCGUUAAUUUCGUACAGCGCGUGGGCCAAAAGCUUCCCGGCCUCUCUGGAGACGGCCGCAAGACGAUACAUUACCACGAAGUCAGUGAAAGAAGGAAUAAUGGACACCAUGACGUCCUACACAACACUGAAAGGUUACAGCGAGUACGUCAAACGCAUUGACAAUGAGUAUAAUUGUCUUCCUCUUGCUGAUUUCGUGCAGGGGACCAAGGACCUUAUUUGUGGGGGUCUUGUCACAGACGCAGCCAGCAUCGGGUUCCAGUUUUGGGGCGCGACGGUGAUUGGAGUUGUGGCUAUGAUCGGGUUAUUGAAAUUCUGCUGCGACAAGUUCGACGAGGAUUGCAACGAAGAUUGCGACGAAGAGCGCGGCGGAGAGCGCGUCGAAGGGCCCGAAGAUCUCGAGGCAUGA